AAAUAUUAAUUAAGAAUACUGAUCAAAUGCUGUUGAUAAACUGUUGAUAAAAAUGAUGACUGAGAUGAAGCUUCUGUUGCAGGUCUCAGAGUCUGACCUUCAGAGGCAGCUUAACAUGAUAUCGGACAUCCUGAAGAAACACAACUCCCAGACACCCUUGAGUCGAGCUCUAUCCAGCAACAAUUGUGCUGUUUACCUGGAGAACAAAGAUGAGGUGACAGAGGUGCUUGUUCAGAUUACAGUGGAUAUGACGGUAGUGAAGUUGGUUUCUGUGGUUUUGGAGCAGGCCAGAAUUCAGCAGGCCUGUGAAGAGUUCUGGAGCUGCUAUGAAGUUUUAGCGAAAGAGGCCAUGGAGAGGACUUUGCAUUACCAGGUAAGAGUGCUGCCAGUGUAUUUCUCACUUAGUAGUUUCUCUCACCUGCUGAUCAAGAGGAAUCAUUAUAUCGUCAGCAUCAAGAGGUACCUGGAGAAUAUAGGGAAUCUGUGUAAAAGUAGACCCUUGCAUGUUUGUGAGGUUAAAAAUGAAAGUAGCAAAAGCUUCCACAGUCGUCACUGUGAGCUUUCUGGCACCUCCUUCAGACUUCACAAGGAACUGCAGGGUUCUCGGUGUGAGAGGGAAUAUCCUGUCAAAGAGCUCAAGCUCUAUCAUGGUUGCCGGAGCAAACUGCAUCCACCCACACCAUGGGGACUAACACUGGUUCAUGACAAGCAGCAGUGGUAUCUCUGCUGCAAGAAUGAGGAUGAGUUGACUGAAUGGACAGCCACAUUUUACAGCAUCCAGUAUGAUGGUGACAUCUGGCCCUCCUGGAGAAAUAACCUCAAAGCAGCUGAUGGGUUGGAUAGCAGCAAUUUCUUCUGAGGGAAGAAACUAAAAAGAAAAAAAUAUAAAAAGUGACUUGAAAGUGUUUUCAAACAGACUGUGCCAAGCUCAGAUUAUGAAUUAUUACUAGCAGCACACUGACCUCUUGCAUUAUGUGAAAUGUCACAAUGAAUUUCCUCUUUAAUUCUUGUAUCUUUGGCAUCAAUUGCUCUUAAUUAUACCCUUGUUUUGUCCAUUAUUCUGAAUGUUAUUUACUGUAUGCUGAGUUAAAUGCAUAGUGUUAUAUACAAAAGAUUGUGUUCCAAAGAUAAAUGAGCCUUGAGGGUUUGACAUGAGGGUGAUCACUGUUUUCUUAAGAUGCAGAAUCGUUUUGAUGGUACAGUCUCUUCCGUUUUGAAAACA